AUGGACAUGGCGAAGGUGGACUCAUCGCACGCCCUGGUGAGCCACUGGCGCAUCUUCAGGCUAAUUGGAGCGCAUCCGGCGGACAAGGAAACUUUCUGGGGUCGCCACUAUACGGCAUACUCCGUGGUGUGGAACGUGGGCUUCCACGUGUGCCUCUUCAUCUCCUUUACGGUCAACCUCAUGCAGUCCAACUCGCUGGAGACCUUCUGCGAGAGCCUCUGCGUGACCAUGCCGCACACCCUCUACAUGCUGAAGCUGAUCAAUGUCUAUCGCAUGCGCGACGAGAUGAUCCGCAGCCACCGGGUGCUCAAUCACUUGGACAGGCGACUGGGCUCAUCCGAGGAACGCCGUAUUGUUGGGGCAAACAUCGAGCUGGCCAAGUUCGUAUUCCGUCACUUUUCGCGCGGCGUUAUAAGCAUCAUUAUAGUGGGCAUCCUUUACAUGGCCAUGGCCAACGAGCCCACGCUGAUGUACCCCUCCUGGAUACCCUGGAACUGGAGGGACAGCACGUCCGUUUCCCUGCCCACCGCCAUACUGCACACGAGCGCCCUCAUUGCGAAUGCGACGACGGUCACCAAUCUGUGCACCUAUCCGGGCACCUACCUCAUCCUGGUCAGUGCCCACACCAAGGCGCUUGCCCUGCGGGUCUCCAAGCUGGGACAUGGCACACCUCUGCCGGCGGCUCGGAUACAGGCCAUACUCAUUGGGUGCAUCCACGACCACCAGACCAUUCUGCACCUCUUCAAGUCACUGGAGAGAUCGCUGUCGAUGACCUGCUUCCUGCAGUUGUUUUGCACGGCUUGUGCCCAGUGCAGCAUCAGCUACUUCCUGCUCUUCGGGAACGUGGGUAUCAUGAGGUUCAUGAACAUGAUGGUCCUGCUGCUGGGCGUCUCCACGGAGACCCUACUGCUCUGCUACGCGGCGGAGCUCGUUUCCAAGGCGGGGGAUGGCCUCGUGGCCGCUGUCUACAGCUGCAACUGGCUUUGCCAAACGGUUCAGUUCCGGCGGCUCCUGAUCCUGAUGCUCGCACGCUGCCAGAAGCCACUGAUCCUGGUCUCCGGCAUAAUAGUGCCCAUCAGCAUGAAGACCUUUCUGGGGGUGAUUAAGGGAGCAUACACCAUGCUCACUCUGCUGAAUGAAAUUCGUAAGUCGUCACUUAAAUAGAAGUAACCAGGAAUACAGAAAUAUGUUUAAUUAAUAUGUUAGCAAAUUUUGGAAUCAGUCGAUUUCCAUCUCCUUUGCACUCCCUUCAGCUAGUAAGAGGUAUCCUAUAGUCGCAGCACUCGUUAGUUGUAAAGGUAGCAGUAGUUAUCGCAAUUGUUUAUUGACUUUUAUUCCAAACAUUUAUCUUUGUGUAUAUUUAUGCCACCGCAUUUCCACCAGCGAAAGCUGCAUCUAUCGCUGCUGCGUGAUUAUUGCAUUUCAGGUGAGGGAUUUUCACCUGUCUGUGGCUCUUAAUUAUUGCUGCAUUAUGCAGGCGCUUAUUAUUAAAUGAGUUAAACGGAAAUUGAAGUAACACAAACUCCUCUGACAGCUGCGCCUGACGCAGAUUCCUUAAUAGACAUUUUAAUUGAGGCCUCCCCCAAGUGGGCGUGGCACUCUUGCCGCUCAACUUAUCAUAUUUGCAAACUGCUCUUUUGCCAGCUUAACUUGGUUUUAUUUUUUUCGAGCCGGAUGUUUAAUUUUUAAAUUGAUAAAACCUAUGGGAAUUUUCAUUUCAUUUGAACGACAAGUUAAGAAUAACUUGUAUUUAUCAAUAUUUUGCAUGUUUCAUGGCCAUUUUGGUGACGUUUAACACUUUUUGGCCCACUGUGCAUGGCUGAAGUCCAUAUAAGUCAAUUAAUGGAUAUGCGAUUAAUGAUUUAACCAAUGCGCGGUUCCAGCGACAAUUUCAAUCUGAUUCAUUUUCGUACUCAUUGCACUGAAUGUGCACUUGAAUAUUGAAUUACCAGCAUAAUUAUGUAACCCAUCAGUGGCAAUUUAAACGGUUCGACAUAGCGAUUAUGGCAAAUUCCCGGUAUCAUUCAUGACAAAUA